AUGCCCACACUUGAAAAAAAUUUCACAAAGCUAGUAUUUGUUUGAACCAGACAAAGGUCUCCACAUCAGAAAGUUGACAAACACUUCUAAUUGCACUGUUGCUCAAUUCCCUCUGCUUCAUUGCCACAGUACGGUCAGCACCAAGUGAAAAGUUCUUCUGAAUUGCUGCUAACUACUUCAUUAGCAGAUACAAGACAUCUUUGCGAACGGAGUACUCGUACCAAUACCAAAUCCCAGCCCUAUUCAUACUUCCAAAUCCCAGAAAAUGGUAAGUACCUAUAAAAGAACUGCCCGAUUAUCUGAGCAUUGAUUUUGAUGUGUCUGACCUCAAAUUAGGCUGCAACAACAUUUCCAAGAUUCCGUUUCCUCCCACUCGAGAUGCGAGAGCAAGUUUGGAAGGAGGCCUUGCCAGCUCCAAGAGUUAUUUGUUUUAGACUGGUCAACACUAUCAUGUCCGACGAGGAUGGUGGAGAACAUCGAGUUGCCGCCCUGGAAAAAACUACCCGUGAUGAUGGAAUGGCAACCGCAUGCAAAGAAUCACGACAAAUCUGGGAAAAGGAGAAGAAUUUGGUCUUAGACCAGGCAGCCAUCGGAUAUCCCAAGGUCUAUCGAUAUAACUCCGAAGACAGAUUUCUGCUAUACGUUGAUGAGCUCGUUUUUACGCCAACUGGAACUGUUGGAAACGGGCCUUUUUACCCCCAAGCACUUUUCUCGAAGAUGGGGCCCUUUUUCCGAUCGCUUCUCUCGGGGAUUCGCCACAUUGCAAUAGAUCCUAGCAUUAAAAAAUACCGUUUUGAGAAAAUGGUAUUCCUUACGGGAUUUAUAGACUUGAGACUUUGCGAUCAGAUUAGAAACCCGCUUCCCCAGAUUGAAAGAACCCGGCUACUCAAUAGUCCUCGGGGAGUUCAAUUUGAGGAAUCUGAUGCUACACGGGGACCACUAGUAUCCAUGAUAGUUCCGAUAAGUAGCUUUUCUGGACGUCGCUAUAUCGGUCAUGACAGAACAAUUAUUCAAGCUGUACUGUAG